CAGCUCUCUUGAUUGGGGCUCCAUCGGUUCUGGCGGAGAUCACACAGAUCAGACACCAUGGAGCAGCAGGUAGAGAGACUGCGUGUGAGGUUGGUGCCCGCCAAUACGGCGGAGGAUCGCUCCAGGAACAUCAUUGCGAAUGUGGUGCUGGAGGAUGGCCCUGUGCCCUUCAUCGAUGACCAUGUGGCGGAAAAGGUGACUCUACUGCCGCAGGAGGCAUCCGGCCCUACUGCCACUGUCCAGCAUCCACGUAUCCGGUACUAUUCCGUGGGACCUUCCACCUACAAGUUACUGUGUCCACUUUGUCGGGAGCGGAGUGAGGCGGCUGUGAUGAGGGCUGCCAGCUGCAAAGAUGCCACUUGCUGUCUAAGUUUGCUUUCUUGCAUCUUCCCUCUGUUCUGGAUCUGCUGUGUGUGCACCUGGUGUGGGUGCAACCGGGAGUGGACCACCAAGGGUGUCUACUGCAGUUCGUGCGGCGGCAAAGUGGGAGUCCAGCGCAAGGCCAAAUAGAUUCUAAUUAAAGCGAUAUUAAUGCCAAAAAAUGUAUCUGAUAACUAAUUCUAUUACGCAUCUAAUUCAAUUAAAAACAUACCGUAAAUCAA